AUGGACAAGGCCCUGCUCGCGGUGCUGGCCGUCCUGGCCGUCGCCCUGGUGGCGCGCGCGCAGGAGCCGCCGCUGUACACGGAGGCGGUGUGGAACACGUUCGUGCAGCUGGUGCGCGACGGGCUGCAGGAGCCCGCCGACCGCGCCACGGAGGCCCUGCUGCCCGAGUACGACUUCAUCGUGGUGGGCGCGGGCACGGCGGGGUGCGCCCUCGCGGCGCGCCUCAGCGAGGUGGCCGGCUGGUCCGUGCUGCUGGUGGAGGCCGGCCGCUCCGAGAUCUUCGCCAUGGACAUCCCCAUCACGGCCAACCUGCUGCAGUUCAGCGACGCCAACUGGAAGUACCGCACGCAGCCCUCCAACUCGUCCUGCCUCGCCAUGAAGGGCGGACGCUGCAACUGGCCGCGCGGCAAGGUGAUGGGCGGGUCCAGCGUGCUCAACUACAUGCUGUACACGCGCGGCCACCGGAUGGACUUCGAUAACUGGGAACGGCUGGGCAACCCGGGCUGGGGCUUCAAGGACGUCCUGCCGUACUUCAAGAAGAUCGAGAACAUGCAGGUCCCCGAGCUGGCCGCCGACAAGGAGUGGCACGGCACCGGCGGCCCCGUGUACGUGAGCCACAUCCCGUACCGCACGCCCAUCGCCACGGCCUUCCUGGAGGCGGGCCGCGAGCUGGGCCACAACGUGGUGGACUACAACGGCGCCAACAUGACGGGCUUCGCGCACUUCCAGACGACCAUGCUGCGGGGCGAGCGCUGGAGCUCGAACCACGCCUACCUGCGGCCCAUCCGCGGCCGGGCCUCGCUGCACGUCACCAAGGAGACGCUGGCCACGCGCGUGGUCGUGGACCCCGUCACCAAGGAGGCCGUCGGCGUGGAGCUGCUGCGCCGGCCCAGCGGCCUGGGCGCGGGGCUGCGCGGCUCGACGCGGAGGGUGGUGCGCGCCAGGAGGGAGGUCAUCCUGUCGGCCGGCGCCAUCAACUCCCCCCAGCUGCUCAUGCUGUCCGGCAUCGGGCCUCGCCAACACCUGCAGGAGCUGGGCAUACCGCUGGUGGCGGACCUCCCCGUCGGCGAGAACCUCAUGGACCACGUGUCGGCCGGCGGCAUCCUGUUCAUCGUCAACGACACCGUGUCCCUCAAGUCCGAGCGGCUGUACAGCGGGGCCAUCAUGACGGAGUGGCUGGUGAACCGGACGGGCCCGGGUUCGAUCCCCGGCGGCUGCGAGUCGGUGGCGUUCUACGCGCUGGACGGCAACAAGGACGGCUGGCCCGACCUGGAGCUCAUGCUCAUCUCGGGCACCCUCACUUCGGACGUCACGUUCCGGGACGGCCUGGGGCUGGACCUGGACCUGUACGACAAGAUGUUCCAGCCCGUCGAGCACCUGGACUCGUGGUCGCUGGUGCCGAUGCUGCUCCGGCCGCGCAGCAAGGGGCGCAUCAGGCUGCGCAGCCGCAACCCGCUGAGCAAGCCGCUCAUCUACCCGGCCUACUUCGAGCAGCCCGAGGACCUGGAGCUGCUCGUCGACGGCGUCCUGGAGUCGCUGCGCGUCGUGGGCACCAAGGCCAUGCAGCGGCUCGGCACGCGCCUCCACGAGGCCGCGGUGCCGGCCUGCGUGCGCCGGGGCCUCGCCUUCGGCACGCGCGCGUACUGGCGCUGCCACAUCCGCCACUUCUCGCUCACCAUCUACCACCAGUCGGGCACCUGCAAGAUGGGGCCCGCCUCGGACAGCGGCGCCGUCGUCGACCCUCGGCUCCGGGUCCACGGCGUGAAGCGGCUGCGCGUGGUGGACGCCUCCAUCAUGCCGGAGAUCCCCUCCGGGCACACCAACGCCCCCACCUUCAUGAUCGCGGAGAAGGCGGCGGACCUCAUCAAGGAGGACCACAACGUGCGGUGACGAGGAAACCGGCAGGCAGCCAGAGCACACCCUGUGAUAAUUUGCUCAGUGCGAAUGUACUUUUUAUCAAAUUGAUAUCAAGCUUGUGGCGAUGGAAACUUCUUCGCCAUACACCAUGUUGGACUGUGAGUUUGGUGAGUUUGCCAUUGUGCAGGUCAAAAUAAACACAUCCCUCUUGAAAAACAAAACAAAGACUUCAUUUCCCAAAAUUUAUUGUAACAAAAAACAUUG